CUAUGUUGACGUUGCUAGUGUUCACAGUAUGGCAUGUACGCAUGUGCAGUUCCCUUAGUUAACAGUUACAGAACGUAUAAGUGAAGCCGGCCAGCACGCGCACGCACGGCAAACGCGCACACUGCCAUAGAGUAAAGUCAUAAUAGUGGGAAGACAAUUUGUUGGGAGAGCGUGAGAAUUCUGGGUGACAAGAUUGUAUAAAUCUUCAUUUGCUUCUUCAACGCCACCAUCAUGUCAGUGCUGACUCACGUGCUGGCAUGUUUGUUUGGCAUGGGCUCCUGGGUGGCAAUCAACGGAAUGUGGGUGGAGCUCCCACUAAUUGUGCCACAAAUCCCUGAGGGUUGGUUCCUGCCGUCCUACCUCACAGUCCUCAUCCAGAUGGCCAACAUAGGCCCGCUCGUCAUCAUCUUGAUGCAUCGUUUUCGCCCAGGAGUGCUGAAUGAGAAGCCGAUCAUCUACUGCAUCGUUACGUUGGGCAUCUUUGUGGGAUUCCUUUUGGCGUUCUUCUGGAAGCACACAGUGACAAUAGGGAGCACCCUGCACAGUGUGCCUCUUUUGAUAUUAUGUUUCCUGCUCUCUGUGGUGGACUGCACCUCCUCUGUCACCUUUCUGCCUUUCAUGAUGCGUCUGUGCCCCCAGUACCUCACCAGCUACUUUGCAGGUGAAGGCCUCAGUGGUCUGGUACCUGCACUGGUGGCUCUCGUUCAAGGUGUUGGAGUCGUCCAUUGUCAUAAUGCCACUUUGACACUGCCAUUGAACAAAACGCUUGGAAAUUCCACAGUUGACACUUGGGGGCUCCAAGCAGUGUAUCAACCAGCAAAAUUCUCCGUUCAAAUCUUCUUCCUGUUGUUGAGCGUAAUGAUGGUUGUUUGCCUGAUUGCCUUCAUUCUUCUCAACCAUCACCCAGCUGUGGCUCGGGAGAAGAGGAAUGAGCUUUAUUUCAAGGAAGAAGUGACACGGCGGGAGAGAGAGCAAGCUUUCUCUUUACACACCCAAACACCAGAGAAAAAGCCAAUGUUAAAUUCCUUCGAAUCUGCCAAGCGGGAACCUCGCAGCGCCUUUGGCAGGGGCACAUACAGUAACUCUGAGGUGGUUUUCAUCUUUGUUGUACUGGCUUGGGUGAAUGCUCUGACCAAUGCAGUGCUGCCUUCAGUGCAGUCUUACUCCUGUCUGCCUUAUGGGAACCAGGCCUACCAUUUGGCUGCCACAAUGGCAGCUGUCGCCAACCCAAUGGCCUGUUUCAUUGCCAUGUUUAGGCCAAUCAGGUCACUCAUCUUCAUGUGUCUUCUGACUGUCUUUGGCACUGGAUUUGGAGCCUACAUCAUGGCAAUGGCUGCUCUUAGUCCGUGUCCUUUGCUGGUCCACAGUGUAUCUGGAACCGUUGUUAUAGUGCUGGUUUGGAUCGUAUUUGUUCUCUCCCUGUCCUAUGUAAAGGUAAUAAUCGGAGUAAUUCUACGAGAUGAGGGCCAUGGCGCCCUUGUGUGGUGUGGGGCUGUAGUCCAGUUGGGCUCCAUGCUGGGUGCCCUUUCUAUGUUUCCACUGGUGAGCAUUUAUGGCCUUUUUAAGUCAGGCGAUGCCUGUAACACCAAGUGUCCCUUGUGACAAAGAAACAUGUCAAAAAUACUGCUAUUCAAACCAGAGAUUCAACAUGCUCUUUUGCUGUAAUGGGGGCACAUUAGUGGCAGUGUUAAGUGAUAAGGCUUAUAUAUUCCAACUUUUUAACAGAGCUGAGUGGCCUUAGGUGUUUAGAUGCCACUCCAUCUUGUUUUGUAAACCUAAUUGGUAAUACAUAGUAGAUUUCUUAUUUCACUUGAUCAACUUCCGAAAGAGUAAAGACCACAAAACAUGACCAGAUCUAAAUAUGUAUUACUGUUUUUUUUUUCAUUGUCAGUAAGUUCCUUAGUUUUUACAAGGUUUGUUAACAGUUCAAAAUAUUAUUUUGAGCGUGCACUUCAAAGAUUUUUUUUUAAUUAAGAUGCUAAUUUCAGACUACACUGUUGCAUUGAAUU